AUUCAUUUUGAUAAGUUCGCAUUAGUUCCGCCAGAUGGCGUAAGCGUAAAAGUGCUCGCAUCGUACUCGAAACAGUUGCAGUUGACUCAACGUGUCUGGCCGCUCGGGCCUGAAACCAUUCCGAAUCAUAGCCUCCCAGCAGAACAACGUAUUGGCCAUGGCCCUCAAGAAGCGCCAGGUGAAGCGGCUGAUGCGCAAGCUCAUCUUCCUCGUAAUGAUCAUCGGGUUCAUCUCGCUGCUGACCACGGUGAUUGUGGAGAAGCGUCUGAGCAAAGCGAAGCCAUCGGACGAGGUGGACGAAAGCAAUUUGGAUCCCAAUGGGGAUCCGAUAACGCCGCAAUUUCGUGCUGCCCACGUGGAGCCGACACGUCGAAAAGCCCGUCCGCCCUUUCAGGAUCGGAACUCUGUGCGCGAUGGUGGGCACGUUGAGCCAGUGGAGACGACCAAGCCGGAGACAUUGAAAAUGUUUACGCUGCCAACGCCGCUGGGCGAGCGCAAGGACUGGCACGACUACAAGGCAAUGGAAGCGGACAAGGCGCGCGUCGGCCUGGGUGAGCAUGGCCAGCCAGCCAGCGUAGAUCCGUCCGAGAAGGAGCUGGAGCAGCAGGAGUACCGCAGGAACGGCUUCAAUGGCUACCUCUCCGACCGAAUCUCGGUGAAUCGCUCAGUGCCCGAUGUGCGAAAAGAGGCCUGCAAGACGCGCAAGUAUCUGGCCAAGCUGCCCAGCGUCAGCGUCAUCUUCAUAUUCUACAACGAACACUUCCAGACGCUGCUCCGCUCCAUUUACAGCAUCGUCAAUCGCACGCCGCCCGAGCUGCUCAAGCAGAUUGUGCUCGUCGACGAUGGCAGUGAAUGGGAGACGCUCAAGAAGCAAUUGGACGACUAUGUCGCCCUACAGUGGCCCAAAUUGGUGGACGUCGUCCACAAUCCUGAGAGACGUGGCCUGAUCGGAGCACGCUUAGCGGGCGCCAAGGUGGCCACCGGUGAGGUUAUGGUCUUCUUUGACUCGCACAUUGAAGUCAAUUACAAUUGGCUGCCGCCGCUUUUAGAGCCCAUUGUCAUCAACAACAAGAUCGCCACGUGUCCCAUCGUGGACAUUAUUGAUCACAAUAAUUUCGCCUAUAAUGGCGGCUAUCAGGAGGGCUCACGGGGCGGCUUCGAUUGGCGUUUCUUCUACAAGCAGCUGCCGGUGCUGCCCGAGGAUAGCGUGGACAAGUCUCUGCCGUAUCGCAGUCCGGUCAUGAUGGGCGGCCUGUUCGCCAUCAAUAGCAAGUGGUUUUGGGAUCUGGGUGGCUACGACGAUGAGCUGGAGAUUUGGGGCGGCGAGCAGUACGAGCUGAGCUUCAAGAUCUGGAUGUGCGGCGGGAUGCUGCUCGAUGUGCCCUGCUCUCGCGUCGCGCACAUCUUCCGCGGCCAAAUGGAUCCGCGACCCAAUCCACGCAAUUACAACUUUGUGGCGCGGAAUCACAAACGCGUCGCUGAGGUCUGGAUGGAUGAGUACAAGGAGUUCGUCUAUAAGCGCGAUCCUGCGACCUACGACAACAUCGAUGCGGGUGACUUGACGCGACAGCGCGCGGUGCGCGAGCGUUUGCAGUGCAAGUCCUUCGACUGGUUCAUGAAGGAGGUGGCGCCCGAUUUCCUUGCCAAAUUCCCGCCAGUGGAGCCGCCCGCCUACGCCUCGGGCGCCAUCGAGAGCCUGGCCUUCAAGGACCAGUGUCUGGACUGCCUGAAUCUGGGCUCCAAUCAUCCCGUCGGCCUCUACGCCUGCGCCCACAACCGCACCCAUCCGCAAGAGAACCAAAACUGGGCGCUGACCGCCCAUCGUGAGCUGCGGCGCAUGGACGAUGCCUGCCUGGAUGUGCAGGACUCGCACCCGAAUGCCACAGUCUGGAUGUGGGACUGCCACAAUCAGGGCGGCAAUCAAUUCUGGUACUACGAUCGCCAACACCUGUGGCUGGUCCAUGGCCAUCACGGCAGGAACUGCCUGGAGGCAUUUGUCGAGAAUGGCGUCUCGAAGGUCGUGACCAACCGAUGCGAUGAGCACAAUGAGCGACAGCGCUGGAGAAUCGGUCAUGUCAAUGACACUCUGCUCGAUCGUUUCUUUGAGGGCUUGGACAAGAACUAACAUCGAUAUGAAUAAUUUUGUAUUCCUGUUGGCUUUAGCAGGAGAUUCCCUAUAUUAGUUUAAAACUAUUUAAAAUAGCAACUAAAUAAAGUCAGAGUCAGAUUUCUAAGCACGGUGAA